AUGGCUAACCCAGGCAAAAGGAAUUGGAAAGCAGUCAAAUUGGUCCUUAGGUACCUAAAGGGAUCUAUGAAUGCUCAAUUGAUGAAUAAAAUAUGUCCUAAAGAAUUGUUUGAGCUUUAUGGUUUUGUAGACUCUGACUACGCAGGGGACUUGGACAAAAGAAGGUCCCUGACAGGAUAUUGUUUCCUAAUUGGAAGCAACCUUUUAAGCUGGAAAGCUUCACUACAACCUGUGGUGGUCCUAUCAUUUACUGAAUCUGAAUAUAUAGCUUUCUCAAAAGCUAUUAAGGAAGCUAUUUGUCUAAAAGGGCUCCUGAAGGACUUUGGCAUAUCACAAAAAUCUGUAAAGAUUUAUUGUGAUAAUCAAAGCAAUAUUCACUUGUCCAAAAACCAACAGUAUCAAAGUAGAACUAAGCACAUAGACAUUAAGAGUGUGUUUGGGCCUCGGGUCAUAAAUCUAGUAUUUCUAAUGGACGAACACGAAUUUGCAUCGCUUCUAAAUGCGUUUAUAACAUCCCAACACCUAGUGUGUCGCCAGAGUACGAGAAUAGAUCGAAGAUGUUUCGCCAUUCUCUGCCACCUACUAAGGACCAUUGGUGGACUAACGUCGACCGAAGUCAUCGAUGUUGAGGAGAUGGUAGCAAUGUUCCUCCACAUUCUUGCGCACGACGUGAAAAACCGUGUCAUUCAAUGGGAGUUCAUGCGGUCGGGCUAUUACUACCUAGUUGAUGUCGGGUACCCAAAUGUAGAGGGUUUCCUCACACCAUACAGAGGCAAACGCUACCACUUGCAAGAAUGGCCUGGCGCUGAAAAUGCACCUUCAAAUUCGAAAGAGUUCUUCAAUAUGAAGCAUUCUUCUGCUCGUAAUGUAAUCGAAAGAGCAUUCGGUAUCUUGAAGGGUCGAUGGGCGAUACUACGGGAAAAUUCAUACUACCCUGUUGAAGCACCCAGCAUACUCCAACCGACGGUAUCAAAGAACUAUUUUUCCGAGUACAAGUCGAUUAUCAGAAGCUUCAUCACCCUGGAGGGUGCUUUCUAUCAUUGCAUGCCUGAUGAGUUGUUGUUCCUCUUCGCUCAUCCUCAAUUUCUAGUUUCAAUGGCUUCCCCUCACCUUCUUUUGUUCCCUUUCAUGGCUCAAGGCCAUAUGCCACCCAUGAUUGAUCUUGCGAAGCUCCUUGCUCGCCGUGGACUCAUAAUCACCAUUGUCACCACCCCUCACAACGCUGCUCGCAACCACUCUGUUCUUUCUCGUGCCAUCAAUUCUGGUUUACAAAUCAAUGUCGUCCAACUUCCAUUUCCCUGCUCACAAGGCGGCCUGCCGGAAGGCUGUGAAAAUCUAGACUUACUUCCUUCCUUGGAUCUUGCCUCCAAAUUCUUGAGAGCCACUUUUCUCCUUCUUGACCCAUCUGCAGAAUUGUUCAAAAAACUCACUCCCCGUCCCACAUGCAUUGUCUCCGAUCCCUGCCUCCCUUGGACCAUUAAACUUGCUCAUAAAUUUCACAUACCCAGGGUUGUUUUUUACAGCCUUUGUUGUUUCUCUCUCCUGUGUCAGCCUACUUUAGUAAAUAAGGAACCCCUUCUUCGUUCACUGCCUGAUCACGCUCUCGUAACUAUCCCUGAUUUGCCUGGUUAUGAUUUCCAGUUUCGCAGGUCUAUGUUACCUAAACACACCGAUCAGUACUUUGCAGCAUUUAAUCGCGAGAUGGAGGAGGCUGAUCUCAAGUCCUACAGCAUUAUUAUUAACAACUUCGAGGAAUUGGAGCCAAAAAACUUAGCUGAGUAUAGAAAAUCGAGAGACCUUCCUGAAAAAGUGUGGUGCAUUGGCCCUGUUUCACUAUGCAACCACGACAAACUCGAUAAAGCUGAAAGAGGCAACAAAUCUGCUAUCGACCAACACGAAUGCUUGAAAUGGAUGGAUUGGCAGCAACCGAGUUCUGUGGUGUACGUCUCAUUGGGAAGUAUAUGUAAUCUAACGACGAGACAACUCAUAGAGCUUGGACUGGGUCUAGAGGCGUCGAAGAGGCCAUUUAUUUGGGUGAUCCGGAAAGGGAAUGAAACAAAGGAGUUGCAGAAAUGGAUGGAGGCGUACAAUUUCAAAGAGAAAACAAAGGGGAGAGGGCUGGUGAUUCGUGGUUGGGCGCCACAAGUUAUGAUACUAUCCCACACUGCAAUCGGAAGCUUCUUGACGCAUUGCGGUUGGAACUCAACGCUUGAAGGAAUAUCGGCGGGGGUUCCUAUGAUUACAUGGCCACUAUUUUCAGACCAAUUCAAUAACGAGGUGCUGAUCGUGAAGAUGUUGAAAAACGGGGUGAGUGUGGGUGUGCAAGCAUCUUUGCAAUGGGGAGAGGAAGAGGAGACUGAAGUGGCUGUGAAAAAAGAGGAUGUGAUGAAAGCUAUUGAAAGGGUGAUGAGUGGAACAAAGGAAAGUGAAGAGAUUAGAGAGAGAUGUAAAGAGCUUGGUAAAAAGGCCAAUAGAGCUGUUGAAGAAGGUGGUUCUUCUCACCAUAACAUCAAGUUGUUCAUUGACGAUCUAAUUGAUCUUGCAGGUGGUGAUCCCAACUGA